GUUUCCUCCUGUUUCGGUAGAGAAAAUAGAAUAUGUUCGAAAGAGAAAGCGCUUUACAAUUCCUCUUCUUAACAAAAUGUCCGCCAUUUUCCUGUUAUCCCGUUUUCAUCUGGGUGGUAUUUCCUGUCCUUAUCUAUUUGCAAAUUCCACUGUUUUUGAGAUUACCAUGCCCGAGCCCGCCAAGUCGGCCCCGGCGCCGAAGAAGGGGUCCAAGAAGGCGGUGACCAAGGCGCAGAAGAAGGACGGCAAGAAGCGCAAGCGCAGCCGCAAGGAGAGCUACUCGGUGUACGUGUACAAGGUGCUGAAGCAGGUGCACCCCGACACGGGCAUCUCGUCCAAGGCCAUGGGCAUCAUGAACUCGUUCGUCAACGACAUCUUCGAGCGCAUCGCGGGCGAGGCGUCCCGCCUGGCGCAUUACAACAAGCGCUCGACCAUCACGUCGCGGGAGAUCCAGACGGCCGUGCGCCUGCUGCUGCCCGGGGAGCUGGCCAAGCACGCCGUGUCCGAGGGCACCAAGGCCGUCACCAAGUACACCAGCUCCAAGUGAGCCCGCCUGCAGCCGACCGCAACCCAAAGGCUCUUUUCAGAGCCACUCAGUUUUUGCAUAUUGAGAGUUGUAAUAAGUUUUCUCAGCACACUUUUAUG